GAUGGCGAAUAUUAUGCCAGUUGAAGUUAAAUUUGCGCAAAAUCUCGCAGGAAAUGAAAAGAAAACUCGUUUCAAGGCAGUUAAAAAGUUAAAAAAAUAUCUGCGUGCAAAAUCAUCAUCGAAGAAAGAUGGCUUCACAAAAGAUGAUCUUCUCAAGAUAUGGAAAGGGCUUCACUAUUGCAUGUGGAUGCAAGACAAACCAGUUGUCCAGGAGGAGCUCAGUACAACUCUCACCAAACUGGUUCAUGAGCUCGCCAGCGUGGAGGCAAAGAUGCUGUUUAUCAAAGUAUUCUUCCUCACAGAGGCACGAGAAUGGAACAGUAUUGAUGUCUGGAGACUGGACAAGUUCAUGAUGAUGGUGAGAAAUAUGCUAGAAGAAUCACUGAUCGUUGUGCGUAAACUGAACUGGGGUCCCUCAGCUUUAGACAUGCUGGUCGAGAUAUAUGCUGACUUUAUAAUGAACCCAAAUGCUGACAUGAUUCCGGAUGGUCUGAAGAUACACUUCUCUGACAUAUUCCUCGAAGAAGUGGAGAAAACUGGAGGGGAACAGCUGAAUGGAAAACAGCUUCUUAAACUGCUGCAGCCGUUUAUUACAUAUUUACAGUUUGCAAAGAACGUAGCAAUUCAGAGGCGUGUGAUAUCUCGAGUAUUCGAGCCCAUUCUGGAGAGGGCUGCAGAAGUUGUGAGACAAAGGGAGACAAGUGGGCAGGAGGAGAGUGAUGUCCCUUUCAUGGCUUUACAGUUUGACAAUAAGUUGCUGGCUGACCACAUGUUUGCUGUAAGCCAGGAUAGCUCCGUCCUCGCUAGAAACAGGCCUCUGCUGUAUAACCUUGUCAAAAGGUUACAAGACAUUGAGCAAGGGGCGUUACCACGACAAAAGCAUAUUGUGAUCACUCCCGGAGUAACGAACAAUGACAUGCAGAAAGCUGUAAGCACGCUGAUAGACAUUGAAACCAAUAAGAAACGAAAACGCAGUAAGAAGAAAAAGAAGUCAAAGGAGGAGAGUGAGAAUAAUGAUCCCAACAACAAUGCGGUAGACGAGUCUGAUGAAGUCCCUGGACCCAGCUCAAGUAGCGAGAAAACAGGCAAACGGAAACACUCACUGGUGAAUUCAAAAGAAGAACCUCUGACAAAGAUAAAGAAAAAAGAUGCGGACAGUGAAAGUAAAGGGAAAAAAUUUCUCAAAGAUGUUUUUAAAACUAAGAUGAAAAAAGACGGUAAAGCUAAGGCAGAUAAAUCAGACGCAGCAAAAGACAGUGAAAAGUCAAUUGAAAAACCUGACAUGGGUGGUGCUUCAACUAAAAUAAAGUUGAAGGACUGGGAUGUAUUUACACAAAAGACUGAUGAAAAUCAGGUCCUAGAAACAAAAGACUCUGCCAAGAAAGCUAAGAAAAGGAAGUCGGAAGCUGAAAUGCUUGGAAGCACCACAGGGACGGUUAUAAGUGCCAUGAUUCCAACCUCAAUGACUGUCAGUAGGACGGAAACUGUGACAAGGUCUAAGCUGAGACAUGGUGAUAAGUCAGUAGAAUCGAAUGCAACUCCUGUGACAGGCAAUGACAGUUCUAACAAAGCAGUACCUGAAAUCGUUGUUAGCACAGCGACACCAACAACUCCCAGUGUACAAACACCGAACAGUUCCAAAUGGGAAGCACCAGAAGAAGGAGAAGUCGAGAUCUUUGUGCCCAAUAAAAAGUUCAAGAAAAGCUCACAGAAAAGCCCUGCGGCAGAUUUUGCUGUGUUUGAUAGCUCUAAGCCCCCAGCAGCAUUCGUUAGAAAAGCGUAUAGUAAGGUCAACAAGCCGCAAACUCCAACCAGUAUUGUUAAUACUCCAGGGUCAGCUAAAACACGGUCUAACAAGAGAGUCAGCUUCGAUAUGAAGAAAAAUAAAGCGCAAGGUAGGAGCUUACGUUUUAAGGAAAGCCUAAACAGCCCCUUAACCCCUUUUGUCCCAACGAAGAAACCAGAUCAGGGUAUUCUCAAAUCCCCCAACUCUGUCGGGACUCCCAUACCUCCAGGGGGCAGAAAGGACACGCCCCCUUCUCCAAGGACCCAACAGAUCAUCCACAAAGUCAAGACCAAGAGGCAACAAGGUCAAGGAACGCCAGUUGCCCAUGUGACUACACCGGUAUUGGCUAUUGGUCAAAGGCCUACACCAAUGAAAAGACGUCCUAAAGCAGCUGAUUUCUUUUUGUGAUGAAUGCACAUGUAGUGGAAAUAUGUCUGUAAAAUAUUGUAUAAAUGAGCAUUUGUUAAUGAUUGUGGAGGGUAACAUGUUCCAAUAUUAGUUUGAAUUGGGCAGGCUCACCAUUGUAAAUUGAAAUGUUGAUGCUGCUGACUAUUACAUUACUGUGUAAAGUAUAUCUUAUGUUUUCAUUUGAUUGAUUGAGUUCUGAAAUGCAUGAACUAUAUUUUUAUUGGAAAAACCUGACUUCAAUUGAAAAAUGUUAGUGAUGGAUUUUGGGUUAUAGACUGAUAAAUUGGUUCUUAAUGUACAAUUUAUAGUCAAACUACAGGAUUAAUUUUAAUAUCAGAAGUUUUUGUUUUGACGUAUAUUUUAUAAAUCUUUUUUCGCUUGGUUUAUGGAUUUAAAAUACAUGUAUACAAAACAGUUAUGUAAUGGUAUGAAAGAAAACAGAUUAAUAACGUAAUGUUGUUUUAUGAAAUGUAUGUAAGGGGUCAUUGUUCAUUCGCUUCUAAAGGCUUGAUAAGGAUAAAUGGUACAAUUACCUGUGAUAAAGCUUUACCUAAGUAAUAUCUUUUCACUAAUCUUCUCUAGGCCCUGAGGUUUAGUCCACACUGUAAGGUGUUAUAUGUUGACUCAAUUUUGUGUCCCGUUAAUUUUGGCUUCAGCAGGGUAGGCUGAACCUUGCGAACAAUCACUGAAGUAUUCGGCAUCCAAUCAUGAAGAAACGCGGAGACAAAAUCUGUUGGUAUUAUGUCUCAAUCAGGUUAAAUCGUGCAAUGGACACCUCUGACAGUAUCUCCAUAGUUAGGCACCUUACAAAUUGAAAACUAUCUUGGUUUGAAAGUCACUCUGUAUUGAUUACCUAAUUAUAAUGAAACUUGGCAACAGGGUUUGUGGCCACAAUGUCCAUGUUUAGUUUGAGCCUCAGGUGAAUUGACCCAGAAACACCAGAGUGUCUCUUUUAUAUUAAAUUCUAGUUGGUUGAUUUCUUUGGUGCCGACAAAAACUAAGUAUUAAUUAUCCAAUCAUGAUUAAACUUGGUGACAGUGUUUAUGGGACAUGAUGUCUUGUUUGAUGUGAAUGUGAGACAAUUUCUGUUGUUAACCUAAGUUGUGACCCUUUCAGAUUUAAAAAAAAAAUAGGUUUAUGUCUUGUGCAGACAAGAACUUAUUUGAACAUGUAAUAAUUUUGUACAUUAAGUGCUUAGCAAAUUGAUUAGAAUAUCUUAACAUAAUGCAUGGUUUGAAAGUACAUACUUUUUCCUAUGGGUUGUGCAGUGUUAUUUUUUCACAUACAUGUAUAUCGAGUGCCUUAUUCCCUUCUUCUACUUUUGUUAUUCUUCAAAAUGGAGAUCUAUUUUGAGGGAUAUUACAGCGAUAAUAAAAAUAAGAAAUUAUUUAAACUGUUUCUGAGCGUAUUCUUUGCUUUGACUAUUACAUUUUGAACUUGACCUGCUUCCUGUUUAGUUUUAGGCUCUUAGCCGUUAGUUCAAAAAUCAAUGCUAUGGGAAAAUCACGUUGUUGUUUUUUUUCGUCUUUUUUUCUUCAAUUUUGUGUAUAAAUUUAAUGCUUGCUCAAAUACAAUUAGCAAAAGUAUACAUAGAAAAAAACGGGGGGAAAAAGGAAAUAUCACAUAAAGAUAAUUUUGAUUCAUGAUAAUUCUUGAUAAUUUGCUGUUCGCUUGUUUCUUAUCUCACCACACUAAUCUGUAUAAACAUGGAUGACUUAGUGCUGGACACGUGAAUGAAAUAAUAUAACAAUGUACAUGAAUGAACUUACAAGUUCAGCAUUCAAGCUUGGUUUGUACAGUAUCUAUGAUGAAAAUAAAAGUUUUAUGGAA